GCCCGGUCGGGCCGUCUGAAUAACGUGAUUCGGUCGAGUACAGUUUGACUUCGACCCUCCACUCUCCAGUCCAUAAAAGCACCAAACAGAGAUUAACGGGCAUGAAUGAGUCACCUCAAGCAUUUUCCCUCGCGCGCGCUCUCUCUCUCUCUCUCUCUCCCCCUCACUUCUCGAGGCCGAAACCCUAACCCGAACUGUAACUCCGAGAGGCUUUGGUGAUUCGCGAAGCUCGUGUUGAAUGCAUAAAGAAAACAAGGGGACAAAGUGAUGGACACGCAGUUCACUCACAAUCUGUACGAACGGCGCUCCAUUGUCAAGUCCAAUACCCCUGCCGUUAAGUGGUUCAAGGAGUGGGUUCCUCAGGAUGUUGUAGUAACUGGUGGGAAGUGCUUUCUCUUGAAAUGGGUAACAGAGGAAACAUUGAAGGCCUUGAAAGAGAAGGCAAAAGAACCAGAGGCACUGGAGCCAGAACCAGAACCAACAACUGAAGUACUUUUCCUUUGCAGCUAUGAAGGUUGUGGCAAGACCUUCAUUGAUGCUGGUGCUUUGAGGAAGCAUUCUCAUAUACAUGGAGAGAGACAAUAUGUUUGUCACUAUGAAGGGUGUGGAAAGAAAUUUUUGGAUAGUUCGAAAUUGAAAAGACACUUUCUCAUUCAUACUGGAGAAAGAGAUUUCAUAUGUCCUCAUGAAGGCUGUGGUAAGGCAUUUUCUCUGGAUUUCAACCUAAGGUCACACAUGAAAACACAUUCACAGGAAAACUAUCAUAUAUGCCCAUACCCUGAUUGUGGAAAGAGAUAUGCUCAUGAGUACAAGCUGAAGAACCACAUUGCAUCUCAUCACGAAAAGGUUGGGUGUGACCAUGGAUGUGGUAAAAUACAACCCCCCUCAGAUAAGCAGAACAAACCUCCCAAACCUUCUUCUGGGGCUUAUGGCUCUGCAUCAUCUGACCGCCCUUAUGCUUGUCCUUAUGAAGGGUGUGAGAAGGCCUACAUCCAUGAAUACAAGCUUAAACUCCAUUUGAGGAAAGAGCACCCUGGCCACAUGUCUGAUGAGUAUGCAGAGAAUGCCCUAGCUAAUGCUGAUAAUGAGAUGGAUGAAGCCAGUGACCAAGAUGCCUACGGUGGAAAGCAUGUAAAUGGCAAAAGUCAGAAACAAAGCAGGCCCAAACCAAACUUGAGGUUGCCGCCUCCAAAAGCCACACAGCGAAAAGGCUUGACUCCAUCUGCAAUACCUGUGAAUGUAAUGAAAAAGAGAUGGCCUGUCAAAGAAGAAGGUUACGUGGAAGAAGAUAGUGAAGAAACAGAGGAGGACCGUGAAAAUGUCGAGGACGGUUGGAGAUAUGCAGAAAACGAAGAUGACGAUGAAGAAACAGAUUUUGAAGAUUAGAUCUUAAUCAUGGCACUCUGAAUGUAACUUAAAAUUUUCACCUUUUCUUAAGCUUUGUUUAUUUAUUUUUAACUGGCCACGGGUUCUAGACCGCUUAGCAGUUAUCAAAGUGUACUCGGAUUCUCGUGGCAUCUUUUUGCAAGCCGUUAGGCUUAAUUUGGGUUCAGUUCCCUGAGGUAUAGGCAUUAAAAAAAAAAAAAAAAAAAGGUUUUUGCA